UUGAUCGUGACGUGUGUUAGCGAGGAGUCACUCAAACUGGACAGGUUGCUAAUAUGAAGUUAGCCGCCUUUGUUUCCGAUGAUAUAAAGUGAUUCGCUUGAGAGAAAUAUCUGCGCACACUGUGUUUGGUCAGUGUUUUGGAAGCAACAAUGCCUGUCAUGGUCGGCGGAGGAGACCGACGGGCUGACAGAAAUGUGAUGUGCGUCCUGCUUCCGCUCGCCGUCGUGUUGUUGUUGUCGGCUGGAGUUGCUGCUUCUCCAGAAGAACCUAAACCUGUCCAAGAGCAGCCUGUACAAGAGAAAGCCGCAAGUCCCCAUCCUGUGGGCCCAGCAGUUUCUGAAGAUGACUCCACUAAAGGGAACCUGGGUUUCAUCCAUGCCUUUGUGGCUUCUAUCUCUGUCAUCAUUGUCUCUGAGUUGGGAGACAAGACAUUUUUCAUUGCAGCUAUCAUGGCCAUGCGUUACAACCGCCUCACCGUACUGGUAGGUGCCAUGCUGGCCCUGGGAGUCAUGACUUGUCUUUCUGUACUGUUUGGCUAUGCCACCACCAUCAUUCCCAGAAUCUACACAUACUACGUGUCCACCGCUUUGUUUGCCAUCUUUGGUGUGCGAAUGCUGAGAGAGGGGCUGAGGAUGAGUCCAGAUGAGGGCCAGGAGGAGCUUGAGGAGGUGCAGGCGGAGAUCAAGAAGAAGGAUGAAGAGCUUCAGCGGUCAAAGCUUGUUAACGGGGCUCCAGAUGUUGAGGCCGGAUCAGGAAGUACCAUGCCUCAGAGAAAGUGGCACAGCUUCAUCUCACCCAUCUUCAUCCAAGCCUUUACCCUCACCUUCCUCGCCGAGUGGGGGGACCGUUCCCAGCUGACCACCAUAAUUCUUGCUGCUCGGGAGGAUCCAUUUGGAGUUGCGGUGGGCGGCACACUCGGACACUGUUUGUGCACAGGACUGGCUGUGAUUGGAGGGAGAAUGAUCGCCCAGAAAAUUUCUGUCAGAACAGUUACAAUCAUUGGAGGGAUUGUUUUUCUGGCGUUUGCCUUCUCUGCCCUCUUCAUCAAGCCAGACGCUGGAUUAUAAUUGGAUGAGAGACUUUCAGGUUCACUCUGUACAUAAGUGUAAAGUUUGGUUUAGUUGCUGUAGAGACUGUAGUUUUGACUCUGUAUGUGUCCAACAGAAAGUGUGACCUGCUUAACAGACAAGCUUAGGUCCUAUCCUCCUUUUCCUAGAAAGCCUCGGCUCCACUUCAGCCUGAGAGUGAACACUAUAAAUUAUCUUAUUAUCUCUCAAUUUAUAGCAGUCAAAGUCAAAUAAUCAUGGGAGGUGUAGUUGUUGAAUGCUAACAAUUUUUUAUUUUUAGUGUCAAAUUGUACUGUUGAGAUAAACAUUCAGCUCGAAACAGUAAAACCUCAGGAACAUGUUUCCACUGUUAAGAAAUCCUAGUGGAGC